UACGUUGUAGAGCAGAGCAGAGCACAGUACCACUGUGGCAUACACGAACUGUGAGACGAUCGAGUGCUGAGAUCGAUGGCUCCUUCUUCUCCUCUGCUCGCCGCAGCAGUAGCACUGCUGGUGCUGGCCCUUGGUUCUGCCGUGGCGUAUGCGGCGGCAGAGCAUGAGGAGCUGAGGUCGAGGCAGCCUCCGGUGGCGCGCGGCCUCUCCUUCCACUUCUACCAUGGGAGGUGCCCCGGGGCGGAGUCCAUCGUGCGCAAGUUCGUCCAGGACGCCGUCCGCAAGGACAAAGGCCUCGCCGCCGGCCUCCUCCGCCUCCACUUCCACGACUGCUUCGUCCAGGGGUGCGACGCGUCGGUGCUCCUGCACGGGUCCGCCGCCGAGCCAGGGGAACAGCAGGCGCCGCCCAACCUCACGCUCCGCCCCUCCGCCUUGAAGGCCAUCAACGACAUCCGCGACCAGCUGGAGCACCACUGUCACGGCGCCGUCGUCUCCUGCUCCGACAUCCUGGCGCUCGCCGCCCGCGACUCCGUCGUCGCCACGGGCGGGCCCGACUACUGCGUGCCCCUCGGCCGCCGCGACAGCGCACGGUUCGCCACACGGGACGCAGUGGGCUCCGGCCUCCCGCGGCCGUCCUCCAACGUGACAACCCUCCUCGACGUGUUCCGCAAGCUCGGCCUCGAAGCCACCGACCUCGUCGCGCUCUCCGGCGGCCACACCAUUGGGCUGGGACACUGCAACUCCUUCGAGAAGCGGCUCUUCCCGCUCCCGGACACCACCAUGAGCCCUUCCUUCGUCGCCAGGCUGAAGCGGACGUGCCCGACCAUGGGCACCGACGCGCGCGCCGCGUUGGACGUGCGCACCACCAACGUGUUCGACAACAAAUACUUCGUCAACCUGGUGAACCAGGAGGGGCUCUUCGUGUCCGACCAGGAUCUCUACACCAACGCCAUCACCCAGCCCAUCGUCGAGCACUUCGCGCGCAGCCAAGGCGACUUCUUCGACCAGUUCGGCGUGUCCAUGGUGAAGAUGGGCCAGAUAAGGGUGCUCACCGGCGACCAGGGCCAAGUCCGGCGCCACUGCGCCGUGCCCAACCCCGGCACCGUUGAUGGCGACGACGGCCUUGAGUGGCCGUCUCUCGUGCAGACCGUCGUUGACGCUGCCGCGGAGAACCUCGGGUUCUAGAAUCUAUACUAGUGGAGUGGUAGCUGUUAACCAUGCAUGUCGAAAUAAAUAAAAACUGAGCAGGGCAAGCCAUGAUCGACCAAACGGUGUAACUACAUCACACGUACGGUGACCAGUUAGUUUGAUCAAUCGAUGGUUAUGUUUCUUUGUUGGAAAAAUCUAAGUAACGACGUCGUACCUCUUCC